UCAACACUCACAGCUUUCGGUGUAACACCGGUUCCUGUCCCACACGUGGUUGUCGUGCUUCACACGAGAGCACAGGAGGAGACUGCAGUUCAGUGGAGAGUUUUGCUGAGAGCAGCCUGGAGAAAAGACUGAAUAUCACGCAGAUCCAGGGCCGCUAUGUCGUCCGACAGCGAAGAUGACAAUCAAGGAGUCAGGGGAACUCCACAGAAAUCACAGGAGCAGCGCAAGAGAGAUUCAAAGUACCAGUGUCCUGCAGAUUUUGUGUCUUAUCAAUACGGUUCCAGUGCAAAUGCUCUCCUGGAUAGUAGUGACCACACAGAACUAUGGCUUAUUAAAGCACCUGCUCGCUUUGACCCAAAAAGUUUUGCAGGUUUGAAAGUACCUUUAUCAGGCCUGGAGAUGGUCCAGUCUACUUCUGGUACAGCACCUCAGAUCUACAGCAUUCUGGGAGGUGGAGCUGGGCCUACUGAUCUACGUGUUCUGACUUCCAGCUUUAAGAAAGACAGGAAUUUGUCUUUGUCUGCUUCAGGGUUUGCUGGCCUUCUCAGCAUAUCAGAGAGUUAUGGUGACUGCAGUGGAAAUCAGGGCCCCAUUGCAAUUCCUGCAACUCCAGCUCCAUCCGUCCCACCAGGCCUCAGACAGCGCUUCCAGCCUUUCGGCAGCUCGACACCUGCUCAUACAGCAGAAGUGUCUGCCCUAACGUCACCUUCACCAUCUAAGAAAGCAAGGCUAGGCCCAGAGGAUAGCGAAGGACAGACAAAGAAGAAGAAAAAGAAGAAAAAAGAAAAACACAGCAUGAAAGAGAGCUCUGAAAUGGUACAUAUUAAGCAAGAAGUAGUAUCAUUUGAAUACGGUGAAAUUCAAAACCCAGAGCCAGCAGAGGAAGAGGGGCUGGUGGAGAAAAGGAAGAAGAAGAAGGUGAAAAAAGAGAAGGAGAGAGGGGACAGACUGGAUGAGGUUGAAGCUUAUGUCUGUUCAGUUCCUAAACAGGAACCUAUUGACAAUUCAUAUGGGGACAUUGAUAGUCCGGCGAAAAAGAAGAAGAAGAAAACUCUAGAUGAGUAGAGCUUCAUUGGAGUGGGUCAUAACAUAUUGUGGGGGAGGGGGUAGACUGUACAGCUUGAUAACACAUCUGAACCUUCUAAUUCGUGAAUUCAGACACUUGAAGGAACAGCCAUUGCUUACAGUUAUUCAGUUGUGCACAUACAGCUUGUAUAACCAUAUAUAUUUUCCUUACAAAAACAUCAAGAAUAGGACUUUCUGAAGCAAUCACAUACAUGUAAGCAUAAGAUCAUCAUUUCCAGUGCUGAGCUUUGUCCUUUUAGGGGUUUUGUGAUAAAUCAUCCAACAUCAGUACCAGAUCUUGUUCAUUCUUUCAAGACUGCAAUAUGCAACUUCACACUAACGUUCAUGGUCUAGAACUAGUCUAAAGUGCUACCAGGGGAGUUGAUUUGGUUACUGUAACAGUGGGGCAAAUAUUGUACUAAUAUUAUUGAUAACAAUGUUUUCUGGUUUUGGACUCAAGACAAAUCAAGAGACCAUUUACACCUAGUCACAUAAUGUGACUAGUAUGUGAAUUAUAUUUUAAAAGAGUAAUUUAAGCAUAUGCAUACACAUUUAGAAGUCAUAUUCAUCUCCAAUUUAUCAGACGGAAUUCCAAUUGCUGUGUAAGAUGGAGAAUUAUAAAUGUUUUUAAUGCUGA